AGAGAACGUCUGAGAAACCUCUAUAAAUAAUGCUUCAUUUACAUCAUCAUCGUACUCGAGCACCUGAAAUCUGAGAUCGAAAGAGUCUGAUCUUUUGCAAUCAUGAAGAGCGUUACCAUGGUUAAGGUGUUCCUGGUGGUCCUGGUAGUUAUGCAGUGUUCCGCUGACCUACCCCCUCUUCCUCCAGAUGAAAGCGUCAAUGAGGCAGACCUACCUCCUCUUCCUCAAGAUGAAAGCGUCGAUGAGGCAGACCUACCUCCUCUUCCUCAAGAUGAAAGCGUCGAUGAGGCAGACCUAUCCCCUCUUCCUCCAGAUGAAAGCGUCGAUGAGGCAGACCUACCCCCUCUUCCUCCAGAUGAAAGCGUCGAUGAGGCAGACCUACCACCUCUUCCUCCAGAUGAAAGCGUCGAUGAGGCAGACCUACCCCCUCUUCCUCCAGAUGAAAGCGUCGAUGAGGCCGACCUACCCCCUCUUCCUCCAGAUGAAAGCGUCGAUGAGGUAGACCUACCCCCUCUUCCUCAAGAUGAAAGCGUCGAUGAGACAGACCUACCUCCUCUUCCUCCAGAUGAAAGCGUCGAUGAGGCAGACCUACCUCCUCUUCCUCCAGAUGAAAGCGUCGAUGAGGUAGACCUACCCCCUCUUCCUCCAGAUGAAAGCGUCGAUGAGGCGGACCUACCUCCUCUUCCUCCAUAUGAAAGCGUCGAUGAGGCGGACCUACCUCCUCUUCCUCCAGAUGAAAGAUUCGAUGAGGCAGACCUACCCCCUCUUCCUCCAGAUGAAAGCGUCGAUGAGGCAGACCUACCUCCUCUUCCUCCAGAUGAAAGCGUCGAUGAGGUAGACCUACCCCCUCUUCCUCCAGAUGAAAGCGUCGAUGAGGCGGACCUACCUCCUCUUCCUCCAGAUGAAAGCGUCGAUGAGGCGGACCUACCUCCUCUUCCUCCAGAUGAAAGAUUCGAUGAGGCAGACCUACCCCCUCUUCCUCCAGAUGAAAGCGUCGAUGAGGUAGACCUACCCCCUCUUCCUCCAGAUGAAAGCGUCGAUGAGGCAGACCUACCUCCUCUUCAUCCAGAUGAAAACGUCGAUGAGGCGGACCUACCUCCUCUUCCUCCAGAUGAAAGCGUCGAUGAGGCAGACCUACCUCCUCUUCCUCCAGAUGAAAGAUUCGAUGAGGCGGACCUACCACCUCUUCCUCCAGAUGAAAGCGUCGAUGAGGCAGACCUACCCCCUCUUCCUUCAGAUGAAAGCGUCGAUGAGGCAGACCUACCCCCUCUUCCUCCAGAUGAAAGUGUUGAUGAGAAUGGCCGUACCCCUAAAAAAAUAUUACACGAAUACCUAAAAAAAGCAGUUAAUAAACUUGAAAAUAAAUUCAGCGAGCUAGCACAACAUGGAUAGAGACAUGUUGAUAAAGACGACAAUGGAUGAAAUAUAUACGAGAUCGCAAGAACAACUCGGACAUUCAAUAUUAGAAUUUGAAAACAGAUUAUCAAUACAGGUGAAUUUUCUUCUUGGGUACCCCAGUGUCGACAAAGGCAGCAUUAUGAAAAUAAUUUUCAAACCAUUGCGAAAGCCAUUGAAUUAUUUUAGAUAUUGAUAUCGGUCAGUUUGUAGAGUGUUGUAAAGUAAAGCUCUCAAAGAAUAAUGAUAGAUGAUAAAGUAGAUGUAUGUUCUCCUAUUCACCUAUCAAUAUUAUGACGUUAAACGUCAUACAAGGUCAUGUGCUAAUGGUUAAUGU